CAUCGAAAACACAACAUAACCUCAAUAUUCCUUGUGUUUUGGUGGUUUUUCCGUGUGUGAUAAAAAUCCUAAAAUGAUUCCUUUCUGCUAUUUCCAAGCAUGAGUGCUUACGUCUACCUUGACGUGUCGCUGCAAUUGAAGACAAUCCCGAGUGAUCCAAUUCUUCCGGUUUUCGUAAAGGGAGGAAUUCUCACGUCUCUUGAGGAGGUUUUUGGUGAAGUUGGUGGCUGUACCACGGUGGAUGUGCUAAAGUUUGACCCAAAGAGUCUCAAGCUUAUUCUGCGAGUGCCAAAGGAGGACUACGUCAAAGUCCGGACAGCUUUGACGCUUAUUGCGAAAUUCCAGGAGAUUCCGUGCCGCUUUCACGUGAACUGUGUCUCACCGGUUCUGCUCUCUCUGGUACGCUGUGAGGAUUUUUAA